GUGAACCCCUCACGAUGUAGCUUCUCGCCUGCCAUGUCAGUCCAUUUCAAUUCGGCUUUGCGUCCUACCGUUUCACCCCUCCAGCCAUGGUCAAAAUGUCUGGCCCCUGGUUGCCAAAAUCGUCGAGAGGACCGACCGUUUAUGUUACCUGUGGUCUUUCGGUAAAUAAAGCAGUUGGUGAUAGGGGGAAAGGAUCAUAACAACAAGAGAGCCCAAAGUCUGAGCAAUAGAAAUACGGUCGACCGACAUACAGAUAUCCUCAUCACUUCUUUCAUUGAUUGUUUACUUUUUACCUACAAAAGCCUCCUCUUGAAGCCCACAACUCCUUGCCGCUUUAACGCAUUGUACCUCGUUCCCAAAGUGGCCACCGCCCUUCAUCAUCUUCUUCAAAAUGGUAACCCAACUGGACCCGCUAGUAGUGGGGGAAGAAGCAGAGCUUGGUCAAGUGAAUAACACAAUGGUAUGCGACACCAGGGGUGAAAUCAACAAUAACAAGCAGGUCCAGUGUUCGUCAACUGUGUGGGCUGCCACGGAAAGGUCAAGCAGCGCGCAAAUAUUUUGCGCUGCCCCUCCACUGCUUGUUUACCUUCAACUUGGCCUUUUUCUUUCCGAGCACCUUACAACCUUUCUCUCUUCUCCUUGUGCCUCUCUUCUCUCCUCCCUCCAACUUUGCUCCCUUCUCUUUGUGACUCUUCUCUUUUCUCAUCCUUUCCACAACGUCCCAUUUUUUAAAGGAAAAACACCAGCCAGCCCCGCCAAGCCCAACAAAAUGGCGACCAUGUUUAUGCAAGCUGGUGCCCCAGGCGGUGAUGCCCCUCCCUUUGGAGGCGGCCGCCGCGGGAAUCGCUACGAUCCUGGGCCAUACUACAACUGGGACGACCCUGAAGAAGAGGAGGAGACCGAAUACGAAAAUGGGGACAUCUACUACCGCUGCCGUUUUUGCCAACAGCCCAUCAAAGGUCGCCGGACAAACACAAAAAGACACCACAUCACCUGUCAUGGCCGUGACCACCGGAACCGCCAUCAAUGGGCCAUCGACGUUGGAAAUGGCCAAGGUCGUCCCAGGAAGGUCCGGAAGCCUCGCAAGGCCAGAGCUGCUCGGGAUGCCUCAAGUCGUUCACUAGCCGAGCAGCAACCGACCGCUGAGCCGGCCAACCGUUCGCAAGCCGCCGAGACAGCGCUUCCAGCCGCGCCGACGUUCAUCCCAGCUCAGCAACAGCAUGUGAUGUAUGCCACCGACCAUUUUGAGAGCCAGUACCCCUUGUGGCCUCUCGAGAGGCAUGGCGCAGUUGUUGAGGUACCAGAUUGGGUGUCACAAGCCCAUGGAUAUGGACAAGGAUAUGAAGAGGAGAAACGCGUGAAUGAGGCUUCCUUGGAAGAGGGUCCCCCGUCAACCGAUCACAACAACGACAUGAGCCGGGGCUCGAUCCCGGAUCACUUGGUCGACCCGACCCUUCCAGUGCACGAGAGUGCGCCCCCACGUCCAGGGCCCAGUUGUUAAGUUGGCCUGGUGUGUUAUCCAGACGCCAGAACGAUGUUUUAUCACUGUACGAUAUUGAAUGAGGUGUAUCAAGAUAUUGGGGUUUAAGGUGAAGGGAAUGAAAGGGGUCGGCCAGUCACUCAUUUAUAAGGGAGAAUAGUUGUAGGAUUAAUGUGGUAUAUCACAUGUGGUGGACUGUAAAGGAGGAAUAACGGUCCCUUCUUCUGGACAUUGUUCUUUUCGAGCCAUUCCUGGUCCCAUGCUGGUUUUCAUUUUAUCGACUCCCAGUCCCUAUGCCAAAGCACUGAACAAACUUGUAAGAAUGGUGGACAGCACCACAUUACGAUAGGGGGUGCCAAUUGAACAAUCACAAGUGGCCAAGUUCGUUGACGGCCCUGAGCUCAAUGUGAGCGUGGUCAAGCGCGUAUAUCUGCCCUGCCCCCCUCCGCUGUUUGUUUACAUCCUUCACUAUCCAUUUUCGACCACCUUGGAAGUUUUUUCUUUUCUCUCAUCACAGUCAAAACCCUGCCACAGUUCCAGCCAACCACAACCAUAACUGUAACCAUCACCAUUCAGCAUACUCCGAUACCAAGACGAUGGAAUCCACGGCGAUCAUGACAUCUGGAGCCGGGGGCCUGGGGGUGGUGGUGGAUGGUUCGCACUACCAACCUGGCAAAAUUACAACUGGGAAAAUCCCGACGACCAGGGGGAAUCCGAGAUGGAGGAGGAUGGGAAGAAGGUGUACCGCUGUCAAUUCUAUCGCCAAAGAAUCUAGAAACGGCGAACCAAUGUGCG